AGAAGAAGAAGAGGCGAUCUGCGCAUGCGUCGUUCUCAGCUUUCCUCGAUAGCGGCGCUGAUCUGCUCACAGCAGCACGUUUGAGAAGUAAAAUAUUUGACAUAUUGUUAUAAUUCCCUAAAGUUUCUGAUCAUUAUACGAGAGCCUUCGACGUCGUUUAAAGAACAUGCCGAAAAAUAAAGGAAAAGGAGGAAAGAAUCGGCGACGUGGUAAGAAUGAGAAUGAAUCUGAGAAAAGGGAGCUGGUGUUUAAAGAGGAUGGACAAGAAUAUGCUCAGGUCAUCAAGAUGUUGGGAAAUGGGAGAUUGGAGGCCAUGUGUUUUGAUGGAGUCAAGCGGCUUUGUCACAUCCGAGGAAAGCUCCGGAAAAAGGUGUGGAUUAACACAUCAGACAUUAUUCUCAUUGGAUUAAGGGACUACCAGGAUAACAAAGCAGAUGUAAUUUUGAAGUAUAAUGCUGAUGAGGCUCGGAGUCUGAAAGCCUAUGGAGAGCUUCCAGAACACGCCAAAAUCAACGAGACUGAUACCUUCGGGCCUGGUGAUGACGACGAGAUUCAGUUCGAUGAUAUUGGUGAUGACGAUGAGGACAUUGAUGAUAUCUAAGAGGAAAACGCUAGGAAGUGAAUGUUUCUCAACCCGAAGCGACGACAGCCUCACAUCCCCCCUGAAGUAGCCCCUCCAUCAUUAUGUACACGGAGGCUCAAGUUUUAGGUUUCUCUGACUAAACACAUGACUGCAUUGUCACCUUCAAUCCAUUUUGUUAUCUUUUAAUGUAUUUAUAUUGAUUUCACAUCAAGUGGAAUUUAGUUACAGUACAGAAUCUAUGGAUUCGCAAUAAAAAGAUAACCAAUUUUAUGUUUGGUCUUGCAGUCUGUAUCCUAAUAGACAUGUUUAAAAGCUCUGUAAAGGUGAGUGAAACUCUUUUGGUAAAAGCUGAUACUUCUAGAGCGCCUCUUGUCUUUUUGAAUGUUUUUGAAGUCUCUUAUAAUUUACUGACCACACAGUGAUGCAUUGGAUGAUGCAUUUAUUCAGAAAGCCUAUCUGAUUAGCUCUUUGUUUUAAUCCAUCCUAAUUUUCUUUUGUGUUUUUGUCUACUUCAGAUGAUAACAAUUGAAUACUCAUUUUGCAGGGCUGCUGAAUUUAUGAAAGUAACUAAUCUUGAAGCUCUAUGUAUUACUUCACAGUUGUUACUCAGAGUUACAACCUAAUAGCUUGAUACUAAACUACAGAAAACAUCAGCAACUGAAAUAUUUGUAAGAUGAAAAUGGAAACAUUUUUAUUUUACUUUCUAAAAUGAUAGCUCACAAAGCAAAUAACCAGGAUAAGGAAGUAUUUUUGUGUGCGAAAUGCAAAUAGGCUGAUCAAUGCAAGAAUUAUGAGAGUUUAUUGAUUGUGUUCUUGCAGACUGGCCCUUUUGAAUGAGCAUGGUGGUUGUUGGUUAUAACUUGUUAAUUUUAGGUGUAUUGUUUUGAUGAGCUUAUGAUGGUUGCUUUUUGUCCUCUGCUGCUUUUGAUCAGAAAACCUGUGAUUUUGAAAUAAAAUUCAACAUUCAAAAUCCUA